CUCCGCCAUUGCCAUCCUCCACCCCCAUCGGGACGAGCAUCUCACUCCCAAGCCGCGCAACAGAAAGCCGAGCUCCGGCAAGGGUCUCCGAGGAGCGAACCAUGGCGUCCAAGCCCGGCCCUCUCACCCGGUGGCCAUGGCACGACAUGGGAAACUACAAGUACGCGCUGGUGGCGCCGUGGGCGGCGUACAGCACCUACCGGUUCGCGGCUGCGAAGGCGAGGGGCGAGGAGGGGGACCUGCUCAGCUUCUUCGUGCUGCCCACGCUGCUCUUCCGCCUGCUCUACACCCAGCUGUGGAUCUCCGUGUCCCGCCACCAGACCGCCCGCUCCAAGCACCGCAUCGUCAGCAAGAGCCUCGACUUCGAGCAGGUCGACCGCGAGCGCAACUGGGACGACCAGAUCAUCCUGACGGCGCUGCUCUUCUACGUGGUGAACUCGGUGGCGCCGAUGACGCAGGGCCUGCCGUGGUGGAACCCCAAGGGGAUGGUGCUCACCGUGCUCCUCCACCUCGGCCCCGUGGAGUUCCUCUAUUACUGGUUCCACCGGGCGCUGCACCACCACUACCUCUACUCCCGGUACCACUCGCACCACCACGCGUCCAUCGUGACCGAGCCCGUCACCUCCGUCAUCCACCCGUUCGCGGAGGAGGCCGUCUACUUCGGCCUCUUCGCCAUCCCGCUCCUCUCCACGAUGGCCACCGGCAUGGCCUCCGUCGCCGUGGCCAACGGCUACCUCGUCUACAUCGACUUCAUGAACUACCUCGGCCACUGCAACUUCGAGCUCGUCCCCAAGCUCCUCUUCGACCUCUUCCCGCCGCUCAAAUACCUCAUGUACACGCCAUCGUUCCACUCGCUGCACCACACGCAGUUCAGGACCAACUACUCGCUGUUCGUGCCCUUCUACGACUACGUGUACGGCACCAUGGACAAGUCGAGCGACGACCUGUACGAGCGCACGCUGCACGGCCGGGAGGAGGCCCCCGACGUCGUCCACCUCACCCACCUCACCGCGCCGGGCUCCCUCCUCCACCUCCGCCUCGGCUUCGCCUCCCUCGCCUCCGCGCCGCUCGACUCGCGCCCCCCGUUGGCGCUGGCGUGGGCACUGGCGAUGGUGGAGCGGCCGCUCGCCGCGCUGGCUUCGCUGCUGGGCCGGACGGCGUUCCGGUGCGAGGCCAACAGGAUGGGCAAGCUCAGCACCGAGACAUGGGUCGUCCCCAGAUACACCUCCGAGUACACGUCGAAGAAGGAUGGGCACGCGGUGAGCCGGGUGGUGGAGCGGGCGGUGGCGGACGCGGAGGCAAGCGGCGCCGCGGUGCUCACGCUGGGGCUGCUGAAUCAGGGCUACGAGCUGAACCGGAACGGGGAGCUGUACGUGAUCAGGAAGCCUGGCCUGAAGACCAAGAUCGUCGACGGGACGAGCCUCGCCGUCGCCGCCGUGCUCCACAUGGUGCCUCGCGGCGCCAGGGACGUGCUCCUCCUGGGGAAGGAGUGCAAGGUGGUGUCCGUGCUGGCCCAGGCCCUCUGCGAACGCGACAUUCAGAUUCGGGUGGUGGACGCGGAUCUGCACGAGGCGCUGGGGCAGCAGAUCAGCCCGGAGCUCCGGGGCCGCCUGGCCCUGUCAUGCAGCUACAGCAGCAAGGUGUGGCUGGUUGGCGACGGGCUGACGGCGCGGGAGCAGGAGAAGGCGACGCCGGGCACCCACUUCGUGCCCUACUCCCAGUUCCCGGUCACCGCCGGCGGCGACGCCCGCGCCGACUGCGUGUACCACAGCACCCCCGCGCUCGUGGCGCCGGAGUCGUACGAGAACCUCCACGCCUGCGAGAACUGGCUGCCGAGGCGGGUGAUGAGCGCGUGGCGCGCGGCGGGGAUCGUGCACGCGCUGGAGAGGUGGCCCGGGCACGAGUGCGGCGACGCGGUCACCGGCGUCGACAAGGCGUGGCGCGCCGCCCUGGCGCACGGCUUCCGCCCCUACGACGCCGCCGCCGUCCGCCACGCGGCGAACGGAGCAGCCAAACCCGGCCAAGCGCGCGCUGAUGCCAACUGAACCGACCGAUCGCCGCCGCUCUGGAACCAGAUGUAGUACCACUAUCGUGUCUCGACGAUGCUUUGCUACCAGUAGUAAUCUUCUCGCAAAAUAAUCCUCUCGCGUUUAUGUCUGUCAUCAUCAGUAGCUUCAACUGAUGAACACGGUUAUGAAUGAGAUCAGGCUAUCUGUUCGACA